ACCUUAAUUUUGAUUUCUUUAUUAAUCUAUUGAAUAUUCCCCUUCUGGCUGCUGCUUCCUCUUCCUCUUCCUCUCUAAGGAUCCGAUUGAAUCUAAAACGCAGGAAGGAUAGAGAGGGAGAGAGAUCAUAAGCUCCACACGUCUUUGCUCAAUCUCUCUCUACAUUGACGUUUCGUCUUCUUCCUCUGCAGAUCCGCGCUCCGAUUUCGUUACAUUUCGGAAGACUUUGGCAGAGGGGCGUGUUUAACACAUACGAAGAUGAAGAAAGUCUUCGGUCAAACUGUGAGAGACCUCAAGAGAGAGGUCAACAAAAAAGUGCUCAAAGUGCCUGGAAUUGAACAAAAUGUUCUAGAUGCUACUAGCAAUGAGCCAUGGGGUCCUCAUGGUUCUCUUCUUGCUGAUAUUGCGCACGCUUCGAGAAAUUACCAUGAAUACCAGCUGAUCAUGGGGGUCGUAUGGAAACGACUUGGCGACACUGGGAAGAACUGGAGACAUGUCUAUAAGGGUUUGACAGUUUUGGAGUACAUGGUAGGCCAUGGGUCAGAGCGUGUUAUAGAAGAUAUUAGAGAGCGUGCAUAUCAAAUUUCGACAUUGUCCGAUUUCCAGUAUAUUGAUUCCAGUGGUAGAGAUCAAGGAAGCAAUGUGAGGAAGAAAUCACAGAGCUUGGUGGCGUUGGUUAAUGACAAAGAGAGAAUAGCUGAGGUCAGAGAGAAGGCUAAUGCCAACAGAGAUAAGUAUCGCAGCUCAGCUCCAGGUGGGAUGUAUAAGCCUUCAGGAGGAUAUGGGGACAAAUAUGAUUAUGGAUCCCGGGAUGAAGAGCGAAGUAGUUAUGGAAGAGAAAAGGAAUAUGGUUACAGGGAUGAUGAUAAAAAUAGCCGUGAUGGAGAUCGUCACUCCAGAGACUCUGAAGACCGGUAUGGGAGAGAUGGUAACAGGGAAGAUGAUAACAGAGGAAGGAGCAGAAGUGUUGAUAACUACGAGAAUGGGUCACGAGGUAGGAGUUCAGAAAGGGAACGGACGUUUGAGGAUGAUGGCCAUUCAUCAAGGUAUGUUGAUCUGAAAGGGUCGCUCCAGAGGAAGUUUUCUGAACAAAAUAUUGGUGCUCCACCUAGUUAUGAAGAAGCUGUCAGUGAAUCACGGAGCCCGGUAUAUACUGCUGCUUCAGAAUCUGCUUCUCCCCCUUCCCAACAAGUAGCUGCUCCAGGGGCUGCUUCUCCUCCCGCUGGAAAUAACGCAGACAAUAAAUCUAUGGGUUUUGUUAAUGAAUCUUCUCCUCAGAAUUUUGAGGCUUUUGAUGAGUUUGAUCCACGCGGUGCGUUUUCAGCUGGUCCUCCAGCAUAUGCAUCUGCGGACAGUGUUUCAGCUCCUCCAGCAGGGUCUUCUACAUCUGCUCCUCUCACCUCAAGCAGUGUGGAGAUGGACUUGCUUGGCUCCCUUGCAGACGUAUUUUCGUCAAGUGCAUUGGCCAUUGUACCGGCUGAGUCGUCCUCUAAUGAAACCAAUGGGCAAGCAAAUGCUCCAUCGUUUUCUACAUCUCAGCCACCAGCUCAGCCAUUUGAUGACCCAUUUGGUGAAUCUCCUUUCAAAGCCUUCACUUCUACAGACAGCGACUCAAACCAGCAGCAAAACUUUGGUGCUCCUUCCCAGCCAACACCACCAGCCUUCACCUCGGAGGUCUCACAUCCUGAUACUAAUUUUGGCUUUGGGGAUUCAUUUUCGGCUGUUGCCAAUCCUGAACCUGGUGUUCAGAAUGUGCAAUCUCCAUCACACUCGCCAGGUUUUCCUCAAGAGCAGUUUGACACAUCUGAGAGUGAUUUCGAUAUUCUUGCUGGCAUUCUCCCACCGUCCGGUCCUCAAGUUUCAGUCCCUCAACAGUCGGGUCCCUCCGUACCAACAUCUCAGUUUCCUCCCAGUGGAAACAACAUGUACGAGGGAUAUCACCCUUAUCCGGUAUCUACAGCUCCAAACAUGCCUGGACAAACUCCAUUUGGGCAAGCUGGACAACAAUAUAACAUGGUUCCUCAUUCGCAAAAUAUGACGGGAGCCACACCGUUUCACAAUGGAGGCUUCAUGCACCAGCCUAGCUCAGCCGGUUAUAAUCCUGGAGUAGUCACUUCACACCCUACAAGCGAAAGCUUCCAUCCACAACCAGUUGCUGCCACUUCAUCGAGCUCACAGACACCUUACUCUAACCCUAGUGGGCCAGCUGGUCAGUUCAUGGCACACCAGGGUCAUGGAAUGCCGCCAUCUAAUGCUCCACAAAGAACUCAAUCCGGGCCUGUUACUCUGCAAGGGAACAACAAUUUCAUGGGAGACAUGUUUACACAAGCUGGACCAACAAGCUCAGUGACGUCAUCGUCAUCCCAUUCAGAUCUCACAUCUAUAACAGGAGCAAUUGAGAUCGUUCCUCCGCCUCAGAAAAAGUUUGAGCCAAAAUCAUCAGUCUGGGCAGAUACAUUAAGCAGGGGGCUUGUUAACUUCAACAUAUCUGGACCUAAAACAAAUCCAUUGUCAGACAUAGGAGUUGACUUUGAUGCAAUCAACAGGAGAGAGAAACGGCUAGAGAAACCAACAAACGCACCACCAGCAACAUCGACUAUCAACAUGGGUAAGGCAAUGGGAUCAGGCACUGGCCUAGGUCGUGCCGGUGCAACUGCUAUGAGACCUCCUCAAAAUCCAGCGGUAGGCUCUGGCAUGCCCAUGGGCGGCGGUGGUGGUAUGGGUGUUGGUGGAUAUGGUGGAUAUGGUGGUAUGAACCAAAACCAACCAAUGGGUAUGAAUAUGGGACCAGGCAUGAACCCAAAUCAACCAAUGGGUAUGGGAAUGGGACCAGGCAUGAACCAAAACCAACCCAUGGGUGGUAUGGGAAUGGGACCAGGCAUGAACAUGAACAUGGGAGGAGGAUAUGGCCAAGGCUAUCCGAUGCAACAACAAAACCAAGGAAUGGUCCCUGGUCCAAACAUGCCAGGCAACAACAACUAUAAUCCGAUGAUGGGUCAAGGUGGUUACAACCCUCAGCAAUCCUAUGGAGGUGGAUACCGGUAA